GGCCGCACCGGGCAGACGCCGGCGGGCGGGCGCGGGGGUCUGCGGGCUCCCGAGCCCCGAUGUGAGGCGGCGGCGCCCCCGGCCCCGAGCGCGCGCCAUGGGGGCCCCGCUCGCCGCGGCGCUGGGCGCCCUCCACUACCUGGCACUUUUCCUGCAACUCGGCGGCGCCGCGCGGCCCGCCGGCCACGCGCCCUGGGAUAACCACGUCUCCUCCGGCCACGCACUGUUCACAGAGACGCCCCACGACAUGACCGCGCGGACCGGCGAGGACGUGGAGAUGGCCUGUUCCUUCCGAGGCAGCGGUUCCCCUUCCUACUCCCUGGAGAUCCAGUGGUGGUACGUGCGGAGCCACCGGGACUGGGCUGACAAGCAGGCCUGGGCCUCCAACCAGCUGAAAGCAUCUCCACAGGAAGACGCAGGAAAGGACGCCACCAAAAUAAGUGUGGUCAAGGUGGUCGGCAGCAACAUCUCCCACAAGCUGCGGCUGUCCCGGGUGAAGCCCACGGACGAGGGCACCUACGAGUGCCGGGUCAUCGACUUCAGCGACGGCAAGGCCCGGCACCACAAGGUCAAGGCCUACCUGCGGGUGCAGCCCGGAGAGAACUCGGUCCUGCACCUGCCCGAGGCGCCCCCGGCCGCGCCCGCCCCGCCGCCGCCGCCCAAGCCGGGCAAGGAGCUGCGCAAGCGCUCGCUGGACCAGGAGGCCUGCAGCCUGUAACAGGGACGCGCGCCCGCCCGGGAGGGGGGGGUCCCCGCCC